UGGCUGCCAAUCAGAUUAUAUCUCUUCAUAGCCAAUGGGGAUAAAGCAAGCUAGAUGGCUGGGUGUGUUGUGUUGGAGUUUAAACUUUGGACCCGAGAGGAAGAGCUGAGAGAUACAGUGGAGACCCUUUAGGGACGAAGACAAAGCUACUUCACAACAAAGUGAACUGGAUAUUUUGGCUGAAUCUUUGUUGUCUUGGGGGCUUCUCUAGUGUGCCACACAAACAGAGGAAUUAUGGAGCACUACCCAGAUCAGGGUUGUGAUGGCAUUGAGCUGCUUGACUUGCUGUUUGAUCAAAAUGAUGGAAUUCUCCGUCAUGAAGAUACAGAACACCAUGGCAACCAUCACACCUGGUCAAUCCAGGACCCAAAUGUGCGUGGGACUGUGGGAUCUAUAAUGCCACUCAUACAUGCUACAAAUAACUGUUUGCUUUCUGUCUACUGUGUAGUUCAUCCAUGGUGUGCUAUGCUGCAGCCGCCUGAACAGGCAGACGAUGACUUCCUCAAUGCCCUGCUGAGUGGAAGGGACUCUGUGUCUGGCUCACCUCUCUGGUCCCCAUCUCCCAGUGACAGUGGGAUCAGUGAGGACCCUCCCUCGGAUCAGAUGGACAGUCCGCCGCGCCCUGAGAGCCCUCCUGGGGAUACUCAAUACUUCAGCAAUAGGCCACAAAGAAAGGCAGGCCUGGAGGCCAAUGUCUCCAUUGACCUCAAUGGCUGGGAACCUGCAUUUCCAAUGUGCAGGACGAGGAUUACACAACAUCCCUCUAAUGUACAUAGACCACAGCUGUCCUCUGGCUUCCCGCUAACUGUCAAAGAUCUGCUACUGUCAGGCACACCGGAGCCGCCCCCACAGCCAGCCCAACAGUCCAUUCAAGAGUUGAUUCUCAAUGAAGAUGAGAAGAAGCUCUUAGCCAAGGAGGGGGUGACUCUGCCCAGCCAACUACCUCUCACAAAGUACGAAGAAAGAAUUCUGAAGAAAAUACGCCGAAAGAUUCGCAACAAGCAGUCUGCCCAGGAGAGCAGGAAGAAGAAGAAGGAAUAUAUUGAUGGACUGGAGAGCAGGAUGGCUGCCUGCAAUGCACACAACCAGGAGCUGCAGAGGAAAGUGUCACAGCUGGAGAAAUGCAACAUGUCACUGAUGGAACAGUUGCGCAGGCUGCAGGCUCUGGUCAUGAAUACAUCUAGCAAGCCAGCUCAGACUGGGACAUGUGUACUGGUGCUUCUGCUGUCCUUCUCCCUAAUCCUGUUCCCCAGCCUCAAGCCCUUCUCUGACACCAAGGUCAGCCAAGGAGACUUCAGUCCAGUCAGAAUCCAGUCACGGUCCCUCCAGAACCUCCAGGCCUCCCGUGUGCUGCACGUCAUUGACGCUCCAUUCCCCACUGAGGAUGAAUCAGAAUCUCAGCACCGGCAUCUCCCAGGAGACCAGGGAUUGGAAGAUAUUACCACCCUGAUGGAAAAGCUGGGGGUAAAUCAAGAGCAGUCCACUUUGGAAGCUGUGUCUCUGAACAGCAGUCAGGAGGAAAGAAUCGGCCAUUUCCACGUAGACCCAAUUACUGGUCACAUAGCCACUUUGACCUUGGACCCCCACCGCUCUGCCAAGCUGCGACCACAUGCUGAUGACAUGUAAGAAAAACGAAGAAAUUAUCCCCACAUGAAUUCCCUAAAUCGUCCUCCUCCUCCUAAUGGUAGAGCAGGGAAUUAUCCGGGGCUGCUGUUUACACACAGACAGGGAAAUUAAGUUUUAAUCAUUCCUGUUUUGCCUUUCAUAUAUAUAUUCAGUCCCUAUGCCUUUGCCUUUUUUGUGAUACUGUUUUAUAUCAGUUUAUGGAUUUGAAUCUUACACUAAAAUUGCCUGUCAAGAUAAACUGUGUAUCUUGUGCCUCCCUGGCUUUGAUAAAAUGCCAGUGUAAUUAGUGUGUUUGGGACUGUCAAAAACUGGGUAAAUAGAGCUGUGAUGAUGUGUACAGUCUUGAUCUCAACGGAUAAUUUGUAAAAUGUUAAAGGAUUUUGAAAGCAUGUUUUCAGUGAAGAGUUGAUUGGAGCCAUUUUAGAUUGAUUCAUGGAUAAAACUUCCUCAAAUAAAAGAUCUCAAAAC